AGGUGCCGGAAGAAGAGCGUGGCCGGCGACGGCCGAGAUGCCCAGAGAGACCCAGCGCCAGCCUGCUCUGUUCAUCCCGGCGGCUCCGCACGCUUCUCCCGGGACCCUGGCACCCGGGCGGCCCUCGGACUCCAGGUCACAGGUUCCCGAGGCGGCGACAGCGGUGAGCAGCAGCCGCCUCCCGCAGCCUCGGCGCGUCCCGGGCUCCUCCUCCCUCUCCAGCGUGGCCAAGUGAGCACCGCUCGGGCCGCAGGUAGCCGAGGCGCGGGAGGCGGCGCGCGCGGGACCCAUCGGCAGCAGCGCCCGGGCCAGACGGAGCUCCGAGCCUUGCGGUCCCGGACCCCGGCGGAGAUCCGCGCUGGCCAUGUGGGGUCCCGGGGUCACCACCGAGGGCCUGUCGGUGGCUCCAGCGCCGCCGCCGCUGCUGCCUCUGCUGCUGCUGCUGGCGCUGGCGUUGGUGGCGCCCUCCCGGGGCGGCGGGGGCUGCGCGGAGCUGGCGUGCGGCGAGCGGGAGCGCUGCUGCGACUCGGCCAACGCCACGGCCGUGCGCUGCUGCAAGCUGCCGCUCCACGCCUUCCUAGACAACGUGGGCUGGUUCGUCCGCAAGCUCUCUGGGCUGCUCAUCCUGCUGGUGCUCUUCGCCAUCGGCUACUUCCUGCAGCGCAUCAUCUGCCCCAGCCCACGCAGGUACCCGCGUGGCCAGGCGCGACCUGGCCAGGCGCGACCGGGGCCUCCCGGGGGUGCCGGACCGCCGGGGACAGCGGGGCCACCCGACGACGACGACGACUCGCCCGCUCUGCUGCGCGAUGAGGUGGCGGCGGGCUCGCAGGACUCACUGCUGGACAGUGGCGGUGGUCGGGGCCGAGGAGGUGGCGGACGCCUGCCCCCAUCCAGCGUUUCGGAGCACGAACUGCGGGUGGUGUCACCGGUCUUUCUCCAGCUGCCCAGCUACGAGGAGGUCAAGUACCUUCCCACCUAUGAGGAAUCCAUGCGGCUGCAGCAGCUCAACCCGGCGGAGGUCGUGUUGCCGGUGUCGGUGCUCGGCCGCCCGCGAGGCGGCAGUGCCGGGGACCCCGACGGCGGCCAGGGCCGUUUCCCGCUCAUCUGAGUGCAGGGAGCCUCACGGGGAUCGCCGGGACCGUACAAGAUUGGGGGCUGUGGGUGGCACUCAACUGCAGGUGUGUUGGCAGCCGUCACUGACUGCCUCUGAUCACACCUAGCAUCCCCGCACAACCUGUAGCCUGGCGCCUAAGUCGGGGUCAGCCCCCUCCCUCUCGCUUCCCGGGGAAUCUGUGGUUUUCUAUGUUUCUUUGGGCUCAAGGCUAGGCAGCUCGGCGAGGCAAUGGCUUUGGAUUAGCCCCCCCAGCUCUUCUUGGACGGUCGUCCCCGCCCUCUGCCAUGCCUCCCCUUGUGUUCACUGUAAGUGCCUGCUUCUCCAAUCCAAAAGAACACGGAAACCAUUUGGUGUGUCUAGAGACCCGCGGCUUGCUUUAAGGUUAAAAGGGAAGGAGCACAGGUUCAUUCCUUGCUCUCCUGCUCGGACAGGUCACAGUCUCCCAGGACAUAAUAGUCAGGAGCCUUUGGCUCUGGACCUCGACCAGUGACUGCUACAUGCAGGUCUGUGGAAGCAGUACUUGGCUGUGAGGGGAUCCCUUGAGAAGGACCCAGAAAACCCUUUGGCGUCUUCCUGGCCGAGCAAAUAGUUACAGCUGAUGGCUCACAGUUUUGUUGGGGAAGGGAUACCAUGAUGGAUGGUUUAGCGGCUGCAUCUGUUCAAGAUGUGGCAACUUAUUAAUCCAGACCGUAUUUGCAAUAUGGUACCGACGGGCUUUGAUUUUUCAGUUUGUAGACUGUUUGUUUUGUCUUGUAUUUUUCUAUUUUAUCAUGCAUUAGACAAUUCAACAAAUUGACAAGAUAAUCAGUUUUGUUUUAGGCCAGUCAUCGUCAAGAAAUCGCCCGCGUGUUUGAUACAGUGUUGCACAUCAUUUCAUUAAAGGGGGGAGGGCAGCGUCAAGCAGGAAAUGUGACAUAAAAACAUGAAGGAUAUCUUAUUUUCACUAUUUGAGAGUAUAUUUUAUUUUUAGUACUGAAGCAUAAUACAUAACUUUUUAUAAUCACUGUGUGCGUUGUGUAGCCCGGCUCUGAUGUGUAUCGUGGAAGGAUCAUGAGUAUACACACGCCACACGGUGGAGCAAGAUGGCUUGCCUGUACUUCCUUCUCUGUUUUUCAUCGGAGAUACAUUCUGCAAAUCCAUUCUAAACGUAAAAACGGACUUGUAACUUUUGUUCAAACCUGAAGAUUUGCAGUAAUGUGCAAAGAUGGGUUCACCCAACCUGUUUAUUAUAACUAAGCAGUAUCAUUUACUCCAUCUACCAUUCUGGGACAUUCCCUUUAAGCAAAGGGCAAUAGGACAUGUCUGUGUAAUGUAUCGUCCGUGAACACUAUAUACAUCGUGUGCCAUAUAGCUGUGGUAGCUAACUGCUAACAUGAAAGGAAAGGGUGGCAAGGAAUAUAGCUAGCUUCCCUGGAGAAGUGUGAAUAGUACCAGUUGUCCAGAGAGAUUUUCCACAUGGGUCUAUGACUGAAGAAGAUGGGCAGGCCUAAGAAAUCUUCAAUUAUCUGAUUUGUAUUUUUAAAAACAAUUCGGUUACUUUUAACUUUUAGAGGGUGAUUGAAAAGGUCCGAUGUCCUGGGAACUUCUUUACUGUAUGAGUUAAAAUAAAAGAAUUGUUUGCUUUAAACAUCUCAAAGCUAAUGACCCUGUCAUUAAAGAAAAUCAUCCAAAGUGUAUUAAAACAGAAAAACACCGAACU